CGCGUCGCCCGCGACCGUUCCUCGUCGUUGCGCGUCCCGACGUCCGUUCCUCUUCACUGCGCGUCAGUCUUUCACCAAAGCCGCCGCUCAGACGCGCUCUCAUUGCUGCUGACCCCACAGCGGUGGGGGAUUGUGCGUGCGCGUGUACGACACAGCUACAGCCUAUAAUACACUACGUUACUUCCAAUACGCAUUACUCGCCGCUGUUGAAACAUUUUAUUAUCAUCGAUCAUCCGACCGCCGUCGGCUAGCAGCGAAUUUUAUCACGAAACCGUCGUUUCUCGAUCACGCGAAUCGUGUUUUCGCGUCGUCGGAUAGUCGCAAAGUCUUGUGGAUUGUGGACCCAUUUUCUCGGCCGCCAGCAAAACUGUAGUAAGCUUACAUGAGCAAGCUCAAAAAUGAGUGAGGUAUCGGCUCAACAACAGCCUGCCACAGAUGUACAACAAAUGCAACAAGCGCAGCAGCAGCAACAGCAACAACAACAACAACAACAACAACAACAACAGCAGCAACAACAACAGCAACAGCAACAACAAAAUCAACAGCAGCAGUCCCAACAAAACCAACAAGCACAACAAAUGCAACAACCACAGCAAAUACAAGUUAUGAUUCAACAACCUCAGGGACAGGUUGACAUGCAGCAGCAACAGUCACAACAACAGCAACAACCUCAACAAGUUUCUGUCGCCACGGGUCAGCAAACUAUUACUAUGCAGAUGUCCUCAGAUGGAUCCAAUGGAGGCACUGUGCAACUUCCUCAUUCGUCUGCUCCAAUGACCACUAUUGAGACAUCUGGUCAAAUGCAAAUUUCUACUAUCCAACCGCAGCAACAGCAACAGGGUCAAGUGCAAAUGACUAAUAUACAAGCUCAACAACCAGGGCAAGUCCAACAGCAACAUACUAUGCAGGCACAGACACCUACUCAACAGCAACAACAGCAGACUCAAAUUCAGCAGAUCAAUGACUGGAGUCAUGGACGUGUUCAGUUAAUUCAACAAGCUGGCCCUCAGUUUGUACAAUACAAUGCUCAAGGCCAAUUAAUCAUGCCUGGAACAAUGUUGCAACAUCCUACCUCUGGUGCUAUACAAGUGAUUGCAGCUCCUAAUAAACAAUUCCAGUCACAACAGAUGCUCACCACAGCACAUGCACAUAAACAGGUAAUAUCGCAAGGACAGGCAACUUCGUUUCCGACUGGAUAUGCUGCUAUACCAACCACAACUAACCAGACACUUGUCAUCGGCCAGUUAGGGGUGAUAAGUAGCCAGCCAAAUAUGAAACAAAAUGAAAUGCAACAAACAUACACAAGCUGUGCCACUGGAAGGACUGUACAACAAAACGCUCAAACAAUGCAAUUUUCACCAUGGCAAUUUAAUGCGUCACUUCCUCAAGGACUCACUUGGGCUACCCAACAACCGCAAGCACUAUUAGCACAGAAUCAUCCAAUUUUUAUAAGAGGUGCACCACAGCAAGAUGGUCAACAACAACAAGUACAAACUCCUAUGUUUAUACAAAGUCCUCCACCUCAGCACCUUCAACAACACCAUGGCCAAACUAUGGUGCAAACAAGUGGUGGUGUUAUGCAAAAUAUUGGGCAAAUGGUUAGUGGUACCACGACUACUACCAUUAAAUCUCAACGAGCAGAUAUACAACCCAAAGUUGUUACAACACCUAAUGGAAUGGGUAAUAACAGACAACUUUCUAUACUACCAUCAGGACAUGCAAACCGUCCAAAUGCUACAAUUUCUACUCAAACCUCUACGGGUAUACAGCAUUUAAACCAGAUGCAAAAAGCUCAACUCAAAGUUAGACCUAAGACAAAUUUACGUCAAGGUUUUAGUAUUGCGCCUCAUAAAUCAGAUGCUGCUAAUCAAACUAAUCAAACCAAACCCCUUCAGUCACCUCAACAAACUAUGAACACCAACAAAAUGAUUUUGACAAGUUCUGGACAACUUGUGCCACAAAUGCAACAACAACAACAACAACAGCAAACUGUACAAGUACAACAUUUGCAACAGCAACAACAACAACAAGCUCAACAACAAAUUAAAUUAGUUAGUAUGCAAUCGCCAAACCAUCAAAUUGUAAGUAUGCAAUCGCCUCAAGUUUAUCAGCAACAGCAAAUCAUCAAGCCCACUACAAACGUGAUGAGUAUGUCCAUGAAUUCUCCACAAAAGAUACAUAUACAUCAGCUGCAGCAAGGCCAAGCUAUUGUUAGUAGCCAGCCUCAACAACAAAUCACUAUCCUUGAUCGUCCUGUUAUACCAGUUGUUUCGUGUGCCCCUCAGGCAUCAACACAAUCUCAGCUUCUGAUUUCACCCCAAAUUCACACAUCAGUUUCAUCUAUGCUUCCACCAACUAAACCCGAAGAAUCUCUUAAAACGUCUCCUGCUGUUCAAACUCUUGAAACGUCAGCUGUUGUGGUCUCAAUAGCAGAGAAUACUACUGAAACAACUGCAUCAGUUUCGUUACCGGUUAAUUCUAACGAAGAUAAUUCUAGAGAUAAAGGAUUGCCUAAAGCUUUAGUAAAACCACAAGUCUUGACCCAUGUUAUUGAAGGCUUUGUCAUACAAGAAGCUGAUCAACCAUUCCCAGUAAAUCGAUCUUGCACUAUAGCAGAUAUUUCCAAUAGUGCUCAGGACAAGGAAAGCAUAAAAUUGGACGAAGAACCGCCAAAUAAAAAGAGUAAAACAGAUAAUAACAAUCAAGACAAAAUCAAGUGUGACUCUUGUGGAAAGUGUCAAGAAGUACAAAAGUUCAAAAUUAAAAAGAAAUCAAAACGCUUUUGUUCUCAAGAAUGCUCAAAAAUAUUUGAAAAUGGUUCAAAAACUGGACAAACAGACAAAAAGAAUGGGAAAAAUUGGGAAUGUGAAAGCAAUGGUUCAGCUGGUGAUUCUAGCAAUACAGGUUCAUCACUUGAUUUGCCAAAUCGAAUGCAAAUUGAUGUUGACAUUAAGGCAGAUGUGGCUCCCGAAUUGUGUCCUAUUAAUCCGUUGACAUGGACUGUAAAAGAUGUACGGAAGUUUAUUGGUCAACUUACAGACAGCGAAGAAAUAGCAGCAGAUUUUGAAAGCCAUGAAAUUGAUGGUCAAGCUUUGAUGUUGCUCAAAGAAGAUCAUUUAAUAAGAGACAUGUCUAUGAAACUUGGACCAGCAUUAAAAAUAUUUGCUAAGCUGGAUGCCAUGCGUUCUGAAAAUCCAGAACUUCAACCCCCAGCGAGUUCUCAAUAAAAGACUGUAUCAUACUUUUUACAGUAAACAUUUUUAUAUGGUUGAUUUUAACAUUUCAAAUGUUCAAAUCUGUUUGAUAUGUAUGUACAAACUAAUGGCAUUAAGACUUAUUAUAACCAUGUCAUUAGAUUACUCAAUUUUAUUUUUGGUUUCGUGUAGGUUUUUAUGUUUAAAAAAAUUAUAAUUUUUAAAUUCUUAUUUCGUUUUUCCAAUAAUUCUUCUGUUUGUAAUAAAAUCUUUUUUCCUCGACAUUUUGUAAAUGAAAAUUAAUAAGCAAUUUUUUUCCUUAAGAUUUUAUAAUUUUUGACUGUUUACUAAUGUUAGAUUAAAAUAUUUUCUACAACAAUCAACUGAAAAAAUAUGUACUUUAUACUAUUUUUAGUAUUAUUAAUUUGAUUAUAAUAUUAUUGAUUACCGAUGAAAAUUCAUACUUGCCCAAAUAGUUGAAUUUUGAUUGGUUUUUAUAUGUUUUUAUGUUAUUGGUUUUUAUCUUCAUAUACAUUUACAAUAUUUCUUUAUUCUCAACAAUGCAUACAUACUAUACUAGUUUACGCUUUCUGAAUAAGUUUCAUGAAGCAGUAAACUAAUAAUAGUUUGUACACUCUUAGUUUGAAUCUAUACAAUUAUAGAACCUCUAAAAACUAGUGUGUUCAUAGUGAUUUUUGUUUUAUGAAUUAUAUAUUAAUUUCUUAAUACUAUCAGUGUUCAUAACUACUCUCAGUUUUAGCGUUUUAUAUUAGACAUGUAUAUAAUAUAUAAUAUAAUUCAUAAUCAUAUUGUUUGAUAUAUUUAGUAGAUAAAUUAUUGUAAGAUUUGUUAAGUUCUGUGAAUGUUUGGUUUAAAAUACUUCUUACUAUCAUAUAUUAAUUAUAUAUUUUAAACAUGAUGUAAGACUUAUAUUUUUUUCUCUUUAGACAAAAUUUGUUUUUAUCAUUCAGGUGGUAAUCUUGUUAGUCUCUGAUUAUUGAAUGGCAUUAAUACAAAUUACAGUAGAACGCCGAUUAACCAGACUAAUUAAUGUAAAAGAUGGUCUGUAUAUAGAAAUAUCUAGAUAAUUAACAAUAAAUACCAAAAUACAGGCACUGCUGCGAUAGCCAAUAUUAAUUGGAUGGGGUGUAUCAGAUAUAUUAUCAAUAUUUUAGAUGCAUACGUUAUACUACAAUGGCAAAUAUCUUCACAACAAUUACAAGUUAUAAAAAUACUUUUUUUUUGCUUGUCCGGAUUGAUCGGUGCUCUACUGUAUAUGGAUAAAAUAGAGAUCAUUGUUAUUUUUAAUUAUAGUUCAUGCAGGUCUAACUUUUAGUUGUGUUCAUUUUAUUUUAAUGAUAAGUUAAUUAUCUGGAAUAUUUUUUAUAUUAUAUAAAUAAUUAAAUUGAUA